ACUGGUUUUAAUGUAACAGUGUGUUUACUACAGGACCAGAGCUCUGCGAACGCCAGUCUAUCCAAACUGUGAAGUCUAAAUUAAACAUAUAACCUCUUAGUUUUAUAUAAAAGAAGAAACUAGUAAAGAAAUCCACCAUGCCUAAAAGAAAGGGAGCCGAUGGAGAGGUCAAGGAGGAGCCUCAGAGACGAUCUGCAAGGUUAUCGGCUGUAAGCAAACCAGCACCUCCAAAACCUGAACCGAAAGCUAAGAAGGCUCCCAAGAAAGAUAAAGAGGUGAACGACAAGAAGAAGGAGGAGAAGAAGGCCAAGGUGGCGGCCGAGGAGCCCAAGGAGGAGAACCAGUCGGAAAACGGGGAGACCAAGACGAACGAGGUGGAGGAGACUCCUGAGGAAGCUGAGCCUGAGGCCGACAAGGAGGAGGAGGAGGAGGAGGAGGAAGCUAAGGACGAGUAGCACCACGCCAACCAUCCAUCCAUCCAUCUGUCCAUCCGUCCAUUCAGGCCCCUCCCUCCCUCCUUCCGCAGCCCCGAGUCUCACCUGGAUCACCCCUCUCUCUCUCUUUCCCCCUUCCCUCUCUUCAUCCCCCUCUCCCCUCUAUCCCUCUACCCUCCCCUCCUUUUUUCUCUCCACCUUCACCAGAGAAAUAUUUUUAUCAACAAUUUUGUAAAUACUGGUACAGGUUUUUAGCACAAAAACAAAGCUAAAUGUGUUCCGCCUCAGUCAUAUCAGGUGUCUCUCCAUUGCCAGCGGAAAAAAGGAUGGUAUGAGUUUUUUUUUUGUCUGACCUUUUCCCGACUCUCACUGCUAAUGAAAUCAAUGCAGUGUCAAGAAAAAAGAUGGCAAGUUGAGGAGGAAUUAAAAAAAAAAAAAAAACUGGGCAGUCAGAACUUGUGGAAACGGGAAGAAACAUGUGUUGUGAAUCUGCAAUGGCAUACUUUUUGUCUGCAUUGUUUUUAAUAUAUUGUUAGGUCCUUGUUUGGGAGUUUGUUAGUUGGGAGUUUGGCUGGUGGCUAGGUGGUAGGUGAUGGUGUGUUCUUUGUUCACCAGCGCAGUCUGUGCCAGUAAUAGUGGUUGUUUAUAUUCUGGGGUCUGUGCAGUGUUGUUUCUUCAUUUUUUUUUUCGGGGGGGAUUUUUUGUUUUCUUUUUUCUUUUUCCAAAUUAAUUGUCUACCAGAAAGAGGAAUAAUCAAACAUCCUUGUUAAAUAACUGUAAACAUUCCAGGCACAGUUAAAUUGUGGUCUCCUCCACAUUUGAAUAAUAAUAAUAAUAACAACAAUGCAGCUAAAUUGAUUUUGUUUAGAGAAAUAAAGCUAACAGGAGGGGGAAAAAAUACAUUUUAAAGAAAUCGAGUGUAAUUAUGCAGGCCUUUUUUGAAAAAAAAAAUUCAGUAUGGCAAUUUUUUUAACACUGAAAAUUCUCUAAAAACUUACGGUUGUGUGCGUUCCCACUAAAGCUCUGGAUGUCUCAUAAUAAAAAUGAUCAUGUACGUUUUCCUCAA